AUGACUGCCAACAACUUCGACUUCAAAAUCACCAUUAUGGCGGGGGGAGGCGGCAGAAUCGGGAAAGCCAUGUCUGAAUGGGUUAUCAAUGUGGGGAAGAAGUUAUUAGUGACAUCUCGUCGAUCCUGGCUUUGUAAGAAAGACCAUAGCUGGGUAUCCGGAGUCAGCUGGGUAUCCGGAGUCAGCUGGGUAUCCGGAGUCGGCUGUUUUGUCAACGAUGCUGGUUUCCAGAGACCACCCGAGGUCCUCAAUGACGAUGAGACUGAGUUGCUGAAGAAGGCGGAUCAGGAGAUCGAUAUCAACAUCAGGGCCCGCUUCAUCUGGCUGUCGAGCUACUGA